AUGGCUGGACGCGUUGUGACGGGGAGGCUGAGCACUGCCCGCGCGGCCUCGCCCUUUAUAUGCGAUCCUAGGACAAACCCGUCUGGGCUUCUGUUUUCCAGAAAGCACCGCUCCGCCCACGGGACACCUCACCGCCUCGUCGAAUCUUGUCGCUCCCUGCACUCUCGCUGCCCGUAUAGACGACACGUCUCAUCAUUGACUCCCCUCUCUCUGCCAUCGCGCGCGUAUACCGGAAGCUCAAGACUCCAUAGAGAAGAUGCGCCCGUGCCACACUCCGACGCGCAGAAGCGCACCAUAUACGCGCUGUCCACGCCCCCAGGCAAAGCCGGCGUCGCGGUCGUCAGGAUUUCCGGACCAGACGCUCUGCAUGUCUGGCGAGACAUGGUUAAGACGCGCGGGGAAGGGAAAGGCAAGGCACGCGAACGCGGCCCUGAGCCGUGGAAGAUGCAUCGCUGCAGCGUCGUGCACCCAGGUUCGGGGGAAGUGCUGGACGACGGACUCGCAGUGUUCUUCAAAGGCCCUAGGUCGUUCACCACGGAGGACGUGCUCGAGUUGCAUGUGCACUCGGGCCGCGCGAUCGUAUCCUCGGUUCUCGGUGCCCUUUCGUUCUUGUCGUUCUGUCGGCCGGCUGAACCUGGCGAGUUCACGCGUCGCGCGUUUGAGGGUGGACGUCUUGACCUCACGCAAGUUGAAGGGCUAAGAGAUCUGAUAGAAGCUGAGACGGAGAUGCAGCGCAAGCUGGCCUUGAGGUCUGCGGAGGGUGCGACAAGAGCGCGUCUAGAAAGUUUGCGAGAAGAAAUCAUCCGUUGUCUCGCUCUGCUUGAAGCAAUCAUCGACUUCGGGGAAAGCGAGGAGAUUGAAGAGGGCUUGUAUGAACAAGCCAGGGAACGUGUGCUGAAGUUACGCACCACCAUCGAGCAUCAUCUCUCCGACAACCGUAGAGGAGAGAUCAUGCGUUCUGGUAUACGUCUAGCAAUCUUCGGACCUCCAAACGCGGGCAAAAGCAGUCUCCUCAAUUUCUUAGCCCAACGCGAAGCUGCCAUCGUCACACCAGUACCAGGUACCACACGGGAUGUCCUAGAGCUAUCUCUCGAUAUCGGUGGACUCCCAGUCAUUGUUGCUGACACCGCCGGGAUGCGGCAAACGGCCGACGUCGUUGAGAGCAUCGGCGUAGACAGGGCGAAACGGUCUGUGGAAUCCGCAGACGUUUCGCUUUGCGUGUUGUCCUUGUCAGAAGUCCUGGACGACGCUGGACGCUUACACCUCCCCGCUGAUGUUGCACCUCUGGUGAAGGACGAUACCUUCAUGCUUCUGAACAAGACCGAUCUCCUACCCUCAGCGUCUGUGCUGCAUUCUUUAGCUAGCAGACCUCGGACAUGGCUGGUAAGCCUACAGAGCAACGAGGGAACACAGUCUUUCAUGAACGGUUUGGCUGCGGUAUUGAAGGAGCAAUACAAUCUCAUGAGCGAAGUCGGUGCGGAAGAGCCGCUGAUUACUCAUGCCCGUCAUCGCGCCCACCUGGAGAAUGCGCUACUGUUCCUCGAUGCUUUCCUGGACACCCCUCCCGACAACGUCGUUUUUGCUGCUGAAGAACUACGCUACGCCGCGCAGGCAAUCGGCAAGAUAUCCGGCCUCAUCGACGUCGAGAAUGUUUUGGACGCGAUAUUUCGUGACUUCUGCAUCGGCAAGUGA